UCCUGCAAUAGAAACUUGAGAGUGAGCUCGUCGGUGAGCUGACUGUUGCUAGGACACAUGACAAGCUGUGUUCCAGUGACUUCCAUCUGUGCUAGACUAAUAAUACAGUGUGCAGUGGUUUUGCGUUACUUUUCAAGUGGGAGAAGCUGUGUGCUGCAUGGUCUGAGCAAUGGCUGGGGUUCCCAGCAGAAAUGAUGAAAUAAUAAAGACAUGAAAAGGGAACUGAAUUUUUAUAAUGAAGUUUAAAUAAAGAACAGAAGCUGUCUUCAAAAACAGAUAAGGAGAUGACAUUUACAAUGUGCUAAGGUCCAGGUAACCAAACUUGAAAAGACCAUGCCUCUUCCAGACACCCUGUUUUGUGCUCAGCAGAUCAAAAUCCCCCCCGAGCUACCAGACAUUAUGAAACAGUUCACCAAAGCUGCUAUUAGAACUCAGCCUCGUGAUGUUUUGCAGUGGUCAGCUGCGUACUUUACAGCGCUGUCAAAAGGUGAGCCCCUUCCAGUGAAGGAGAGGAUUGAAACACCUUCAGCAGAACAGAAAUUGGAUGCUGGUUUGACCCCAGGACUCCUUAAAGUCUUGCACAAACAGCUUUCUGCUAAAGGCACUAUAAGUGUUGCAGAACUGAAGGAAAAAUGGAAAGACUUGUGCUUGCCAGAGGAGCAGCUGGAAGCUAUCCUGCAGUUGGACAUCUUUGAUGAAGAGGUGGAGUGGAUGAAGAUUCUGGCACUUGGGUGCAGUGUGCUUGGUCAGUCCUUGCUGAGUUCAAUGAAACACGCCUGUGAAAUUUUAACACAGGACCCAGAAGGUGGAGCAGCUCGUAUUCCCUAUGAAACGUUUUCAUUCCUUUACUGCUAUUUGGCAAGUAUCGAUGGAGACAUACCAGAUGAGAAAAUCAAAGCUUUCCUCCAAAAGAUUAAAGAAGACGCUGACCAGCAAAGUGGCAUGGUACUGCUCAGAAAUUUUCAGAGCCAGCCCUCAACAGAGUUUUGAUCAAGUUGACUCUUCAACACCAGAUGAGGGUGGAAAAAAUGAAGUAAAUACAAUACACAAAGAACCUCUUCUCCAGCA